UUGCUGAUGACAGUGUUUGCUGGCCGUCCAGCUGCGCUGGGGACUGGCCGCGUUUCCAGGACCUGCAGCCAGACACCAUGAGCCUCAGCGAGGACCAGGUGCAGCGGUUCCUGGACCGGAACCCCGGCUUUGCGGACCGGUACUUUGGGAAGAAGCUGAGCCCGGAGAACGUGGCGAGGACUUGUGCAGACGGGCUGCUGGGGGACUGCGCCAGCUUCCGUGAGCUGUGCCAGGUGGAGGAGGCGGCGGCGCUGUUCGCAAUGGUGCAGGACAUGCAGGAGAGUGUGAACAUGGAGCGCGUGUUGUUCAGGGUCCUGCAGCGGCUGGGCGCCCUGCUGCAGGCCGACUGCUGCAGCCUCUUCCUGCACCGCCAGCGCAAUGGUGUGGCCGAGCUGGCCACGCGCCUCUUCAGCGUGCAGCCGCACAGCGUCCUGGAGGACUGCCUGGUGCCCCCUGACUCCGAGAUCGUCUUCCCGCUGGACAUCGGGAUCGUGGGCCACGUGGCUCAGACCAAGACAAUGGUGAACAUCAAGGACGUGACCCAGAGCUCCCACUUCAGCUCCUUCGCUGACCAGCUGACUGGCUACGUGACGAGGAACAUCCUGGCCACACCCAUCAUGAACGGCAAAGACGUCGUGGCAGUGGUCAUGGCUGUGAACAAGCUGGACGGCCCGUGUUUCACAAGUGAAGAUGCAGAUGUUUUCUUGAAGUACCUGAACUUUGGCACCUUGAACCUGAAGAUAUACCACUUGAGCUAUCUGCACAGCUGCGAAACGCGCCGCGGCCAGGUGCUGCUGUGGUCAGCCAACAAGGUGUUUGAGGAGCUGACAGACAUCGAGAGGCAGUUCCACAAGGCUUUCUACACGGUGCGUGCUUAUCUGAACUGUGACCGGUACUCGGUGGGCCUCCUGGACAUGACCAAGGAGAAGGAGUUCUUUGACGUGUGGCCGGUUCUGAUGGGAGAGGCCCAGCCGUACUCAGGCCCUCGCACCCCUGACGGCCGUGAGAUUCUCUUCUACAAAGUCAUCGACUACAUCCUCCACGGCAAGGAAGACAUCAAGGUCAUCCCCACACCCCCGGCGGAUCACUGGGCGCUGGCCAGCGGCCUUCCAACCUACGUGGCAGAAAAUGGCUUGAUCUGUAACAUUAUGAAUGCCCCCGCUGAUGAAAUGUUCAAAUUUCAGGAAGGCCCUCUGGACGACUCUGGGUGGGUCAUCAAGAACGUCCUCUCCAUGCCCAUCGUCAACAAAAAGGAGGAGAUUGUGGGGGUUGCCACGUUUUACAACAGGAAAGAUGGGAAGCCUUUUGAUGAGCAGGAUGAAGUCCUCAUGGAGUCCCUCACACAGUUCCUGGGCUGGUCAGUGCUGAACUCUGACACCCACGACAAGAUGAACAAGCUGGAGAACCGCAAGGACAUCGCCCAGAACAUGGUGCUGUACCACGUGAGAUGUGACAAGGACGAGAUCCAGCUGAUCCUGCCAACAAGAGAACGCCUGGGGAAGGAGCCUGCGGACUGUGAGGAAGACGAGCUGGGGGAAAUCCUGAAGGAAAUGCUGCCAGGACCCACCAAGUUUGACAUCUAUGAGUUCCACUUCUCUGAUCUGGAGUGCACAGAGCUGGAGCUGGUCAAGUGCGGCGUCCAGAUGUAUUAUGAGCUGGGCGUGGUCCGAAAGUUCCAGAUCCCCCAGGAGGUCCUGGUGCGGUUCCUGUUCUCCGUGAGCAAAGGGUACCGGAGGGUCACCUACCACAACUGGCGCCACGGCUUCAAUGUGGCCCAGACCAUGUUCACGCUGCUCAUGACCGGCAAACUGAAGAGCUACUACACGGACCUGGAGGCCUUCGCCAUGGUGACGGCCGGCCUGUGCCAUGACAUCGACCACCGCGGCACCAACAACCUGUACCAGAUGAAGUCCCAGAACCCCUUAGCCAAGCUGCACGGCUCCUCGAUUCUGGAACGACAUCACCUGGAGUUCGGCAAGUUCCUGCUGGCCGAGGAGACCCUGAACAUCUACCAGAACCUGAACCGGCGGCAGCAUGAGCACGUGAUCCACCUCAUGGACAUCGCCAUCGUCGCCACCGACCUGGCGCUCUACUUCAAGAAGAGGACGAUGUUCCAGAAGAUUGUGGACGAGUCCAAGAAGUACGAGGACAGGAAGAGCUGGGUGGAGUACCUGUCCCUGGAGACGACGCGGAAGGAGAUAGUCAUGGCCAUGAUGAUGACAGCAUGCGACCUGUCUGCCAUCACCAAGCCCUGGGAAGUCCAGAGCAAGGUCGCUCUGCUGGUGGCAGCUGAGUUCUGGGAACAAGGUGACUUGGAAAGGACAGUGCUGGAUCAGCAGCCCAUUCCCAUGAUGGACCGGAACAAGGCGGCCGAGCUCCCCAAACUGCAGGUCGGCUUCAUCGACUUCGUGUGCACGUUCGUGUACAAGGAGUUUUCCCGGUUCCAUGAGGAGAUCCUGCCCAUGUUCGACCGACUGCAGAACAACCGGAAGGAGUGGCAGGCCCUGGCAGACGCACACGAGGAGGUGAAGGCCCUGGGGCAGCAGCAGCAGCAGGAGACGGCGGCCAAGAAAGUGGGCACAGAAGUUUGCAAUGGUGGCCCAGCACCCAAGUCUUCCACCUGCUGCAUCCUGUGAGCCGGCCACUGGGGCCUGAUGGCUCCCUCACCUCACGCCCGCUCAGACUCUGCCUCUAAGCAUUUGCUACAAGAGGUUAAGGAAGGCUGACAAAGUGACUGAAGACAGUUUUGGAUACUUUCAAUUUUUUUUUUUUUUAAGGUUUGUGGUUUCAUAAACUAAAGCCAACUACAAGUAACUUCAAAAGUACCCUACCUUACACUUCCUCUUCUCCAUCUUUGGACACAGAGUAAUCCACCGAGACUGUGAAGUCUGCGAAUUGGCUAAAAGCACUGGGCGAGAAGGUUCAGUGCACAAGGGAAGACGGGUAGGCAUGGCUUCCUCCCAUCUGGGUUAGGAUAAAACAUGACCAGAAACUUAGACAAAAAUAAAGA